AUGAGCAUCCGAGCAUACAAUUCUGACAUCGAGGCGAGCGAGGUGAACGAGAUAGAGUCGGACGAUGUGUCGGACGAAGUUUCUGAUAGCACCGGCAGUCUUGUAAACUUUGUUGUGCCAGAUUCCGACGUGGACGAAUCAGCCAGAUCUUCGGCAGACCAGGAUCCUUACGGAUUGACUGGCAACUUAGCUCCAUUAGUUACCGCGAUGCUAGGGCUCCAAAGAUGUAUGGGCGUACUGCGUGACUCGGUGGAAUUGCUAUGUAAAGAUAUCAAUCGGCUGUCUGAUCGAUUGAGGACGAGUCCGGUCGGGCUCGAUACUGGCUUCAGCCAAGAUGAAGCAAUGGAAUCCAAAGACAAACGCGUCGUUGAUUGA